AUGUGCCCACAGGUAACAAUGAUGACGAGUAUGAUAGCGGAAAUAAAUACAGAGUGUUCAUCGAUAAGCGGGAUCGUUGAGGUGAUAUCCCUCAUCAGCUGUUCAAUAUUGUCCAUUUUAAAGAUGGUUAUUCUCCAUGGAUUCCCGUCGAUGUUGAACGAAGUCGUGACCUCGGCGAUCGAAGAUUGGUCGAACGUUGAGACCCCGAAGGCCCGAGGCAUUAUGAAAAAGCAUGCUAAACUCGGUAGAUUUGUAUUUUUAUUUCAACUCGGCUCGAGCUACGUAACGACCAUUCCAAUGAUCAUAGGGCCGCUGCCAUUUUUGGCGCCCGAGAUUUUAACGAAUGACACAAACAGCAGCGUCCCAUUCCGUGGGCUCCCACUCCGAACAACCUGCAUCUUUGGCGACAUGUCCGACAUCGCCUACGCCACUGUGUUUACCAUCCAAGCUCUUCAACUGUUGACAACGUGCACCGCCAACGUCGGCAUUGACGUUUAUUUCUUCGGUAUUAGUAUGCAUCUCUGUGGACAAUUCCGACUGCUCGGUCUGGAACUCGAAAAUUUUGAUAUUAACGUCGAUGAAACGAAGCAGCGACAAAAUCUUGUCCGGAUCAUUCACAGGCACGUAAAACUCAGUCGGCUUGCUCAACACAUCGAAGACUCCUUCAAUGUUAUCAUACUCGUACAACUUUCGGCGAAUGCCUUACAAAUGUGCUUAAUGGGUAUUCAAAUGCUCUUGAGCAUAAAGACGGGGAAUACGGUAAUGAUUGUAAAUACAAUAAUAAUAUUAUACGUUAUGAGUCUUCAACUCUUUUUGUACAGCUACGCGGGCGAUCUUUUGUCAUCAGAAAUCGCUAGGCUCCGGAUAUCAGCUUAUUUUUCACCAUGGCCCGAGAUGCCAUUGAGCUUGGCGAGAGAUAUUCUUUUCGUUAUAAUGCGCAAUGACAAAAAUUUCAAUAUCACAGGUGGCAAAAUUUAUCGUAUAGACAUAGAAAACUUUAAGAACUUACUCAAAGCACUAGGCUCUUAUUUCUCGGUUCUCCGAAUUAUGUUUGAUGCUUGAACAU